AUUGUGUGGGGAGAGAGGGAGCGUGUGGAGAUGCUCUGUGUGAAAGUUCCCGGAUGAAGGUGUAACGCCAUCUUUACUCCACCAUUCAAGUCGCAGCUGUUGCUCGCGUAGGCCUGCCGGUGAACUCACACUCCUCCUUUACUCCCUAUCUCUCACAAAACACGCUCGCCGCGCGCUGUCCAACAUGGGUGACCGGGAGGAUUUGGUGUACCAAGCCAAACUCGCCGAGCAGGCGGAGAGAUAUGAUGAAAUGGUUGACUCCAUGAAGAAGGUGGCUGGGAUGGAUGUUGAGCUAACGGUUGAAGAGAGAAACCUGCUCUCUGUGGCCUACAAGAACGUCAUUGGUGCAAGAAGAGCAUCCUGGAGGAUAAUCAGUAGUAUCGAGCAGAAAGAGGAGAAUAAGGGUGGAGAGGACAAAUUGAAAAUGAUUCGGGAAUAUAGACAAACGGUUGAGACUGAAUUGAAAUCAAUCUGCAAUGACAUCCUUGAUGUAUUGGACAAGCACCUAAUCCCAGCUGCAAAUUCAGGAGAGUCCAAGGUCUUCUACUACAAAAUGAAGGGCGAUUACCACAGGUAUCUCGCAGAGUUUGCCACAGGAAACGACAGGAAGGAGGCUGCAGAAAACAGUUUGGUUGCUUACAAAGCUGCUAGUGAUAUUGCAAUGACAGACCUUCAGCCUACACACCCUAUUCGCUUGGGUCUGGCUCUUAACUUCUCCGUAUUCUACUAUGAAAUCCUCAACUCUCCCGACCGUGCAUGCAGGUUUGUUUUCUGGGUUUUGGGGGUUUUCAAAGCAUAUAUAAAAUAUUUCAAAUCACUUAACGUGAACUCGAUCAACUCAGUUCCUCUAGACGAGCAGAGAGAUCAGGGGCCAGAGACUUACAGCGAAUACUACAAUUACGACCAACUUACUGUCCUUCUCAAAAGUCUCGCCCAGAAGUACGCAAACAUCGCAAAUCUGACCAGCAUCGGCAGAUCCGUUGAAAACAGGGAGCUUUGGGUGAUGAGAAUCACCAAGGAACCCACUGCUGAUGUACCAGGAAAACCCAAAUUCAA